CACUCAUUCAGCGCAGGGGCAUUAUGCUGUAGUAUGAAAUGGAGCUGCUGAAAUAAGGUUUAGGUGCAAUGAUGUAGAACCAAACAUAGCAUUCAUAUUUUACAGACGUGUCCAGCGACAGAAACAUCACAUAGUUCAACAAAAAUGGAGGGCAGAAAUUGUGGGUAUUCCCGAGAAUAUUAUGACCGCUUUGUCCAAAGUCAAGAUUCAUCUGUUGUAAACAAAUUCCAGCAGAAGUACUGGAAAACCAAACAGACUCUUAUUAAAGUCACUGGAAAAAAAGAAGAUGAACAUGUUGUGGCCUCUGAUGCUGACCUUGACGCCAAACUUGAGGUGUUUCACUCAGUCCAGAGAACAUGUAUGGAGCUGCUGAAGGUUAUUGAGCAGUACCAGAGAAGAAUUUGCAUGCUGUCACAAGAGGAGAACGAGCUGGGUCGUUUCCUAAGGUCACAGGGGUCCCAGGACAAGACCAGAGCCGGGAAGAUCAUGCAGGCCACUGGGAAGGCCCUCUGCUUCUCCUCACAGCAAAGGCUGGCGCUACGCAGCCCCCUCUGUCGCCUCUACCAGGAAGUGGAGACGUUCCGGUACCGAGCCAUCUCGGACACUUGGCUCACCGUCAACCGGAUGGAGCAGUCCAGAACGGAAUACCGCGGGGCGCUGCUCUGGAUGAAAGACGUGUCCCAGGAGCUGGAUCCGGACACGUUCAAGCAGAUGGAAAAGUUCCGCAAGGUACAGACUCAGGUGCGUCAUACCAAAAUAAGCUUUGACAAACUGAAGAACGACGUCUGCCAAAAGGUAGACUUGCUGGGGGCCAGUCGUUGCAAUCUUCUCUCCCACGUCCUAACCACCUACCAGACAACACUACUGCAUUUCUGGGAGAAGACAUCGCACACUAUGGCUGCCAUACACGAGAGUUUUAAGGGAUACCAGCCUUAUGAAUUUUCAGCACUCAAGACUUUACAAGACCCCAUCAAUAAACUGUUGGAUCAGGGAACAAAGAAAAAGGGGAAGAAGAAGAUCAAAGGAAAGAAAGAGGAUGGCGAGAAGCCAGCAGAGACAGAUGAUCAACUAAUUUCAAUAGAUGAAGUAAAUCACAAUAAGGAGCCCAGUCAAGCAGGUGCAGCUCCUGAUCCAGAAAGCACAGAACCUGUGGGUUUGGGUCAAAUGCAAAACACAGGGAAAGAGGACCUGCUGUCGGAUUACCAGGAGGGCGGGGAUGAGAUGGCCUUGCUGAACGAGAUCCUCAACAGUUCCAGCCUGGAGGAGGGCGACUUCUCCCAGGAGUGGCGCGCGGUGUUCGGGGAGGAGGACUGCGCCUCCGGCGGCAGCAAAGCGGGCCACGUCGAGACUCCCCCGGAGGAGUCCUCCUGCUUCCUCCCCUCCCAGCUCCUGGACCAGAACAUGAACAGCCUCCAUUCUCCGUUCUCCAAUUGGGCCAUGAGCAUUCCACAGCCUGUCUCCCAGGCAACAGAGCCAUCAUCUGGAGCCAAUCAGGACUCCACCAAGCCAGCAGCAAGAGAAACCUCGGAGGCAUCUAAAGAUCUGUCAGCUUGGUUCAACCUUUUUGCUGAUUUGGACCCCUUGUCCAACCCAGACGCAGUCGGGAAAACAGACAAGGAGCACGAGCUGAUGAAUGCCUGACUUUACCUCCGCUCCAGGUCCCUCACAUUCGUCUCUGUUCUUUCAAAUUCCUCAGAGAAUGCUGUUGCUUCCUAGAUGUUGAGACAUUGCGCUGUCAGAACUGACUGUAAAUGCUGCCAGAGAGACAGAACAUGAUUGAACAACCAAAGGAUGUGUAUAUGCCUUCCACAUACUGUAAGAUCUCUAUAGCUCUUUUUAAUGAUCAGCUCUCAAAAUCAUUCCUUUUAAAUCACAAACACUGGUGUUCCAUCAACUGGUUCUGUUUUGAGGCACUCUGAUUGAAACAUGAUGUAAUACACACUAAAUAUGUCCUGCCACUAAUCAACCUGUUAUUAACAUUAAAAAAUGGGUUAGAAUCAGUCUAUGGUCAGAAUCUAGAUUACAAAUUUUAGAUGUUUUUUUUUUUUCUUUCAGUACAUUAAAAGGUUGAUAUCACACUAAUAACAGUGAAAUGUUGUGAAGUAUAAGUGUCGAUAGAGAUACGAUAUUGUGACCCUACUCACAGGUUUAUCAGACUGAUAACCUUUCAUCUCCUCCCACUCCAUGUAAAUUGUCCCUAUGUGGACUACCUACUUAUUGGAGUAGUUGAUGCAAAUUUAAAUGAUAAUUUACCAAUGUGGUGCUUUUAAUAGUAAAUAUGCUGCUGUUUAGCCCAAAUCCUCUUGAUGUGUCACCUAAUGUAAUAUAUGCAUUACUUGUAAUGUUUUAUUUUUGAUCAGUUUGGAUUUGAUUUUUCCUUUGUCAGUGGCGCAAGAUGGCGAGCAAUUGCCUACCUCAGACAAUCAGAUCAUAGUAAUUACUGGAACAAACUAUCAAACAUGGGAAAAGUAAACUCCCAGCAGCACAUUUCACUUGAACCUGAAAUAUAUAUAUAUAUAUGUUUGUGUGUGUGAUUUAAAAUAUAACUAUAAUAUGAUAUUUACACACCUUAACUUAAAAGAGAAAAGAUAAUUCUAAAAAGGAAUGAAUGUAGGACAGUUAAAAUAAAUACACUCAUUUUUCUGUUAAAAUCUAACCUGCAUUUUAUUUUGUACACAAGUAAUUAAUCUUGUGCAAAAAUAGAACACUUGAUAUACAAAUAUUUCAUAUCUGAGUUGUUGCAGUGAUGCACAGAUUUACAUUUUGUUGUCAAGUUUAGUACUUGCAUGCUGGACGUAUUCUUCUAUAUAUUCUGUUAGAUUUUCAAGUACUUGCAUAAACAGUCAUAAAAACAAACUUGUCUUCAUGAUGUCAUGAGUAAAGCCAAUUGGAAGUCAGAGAGGAUGAGUCAUAUUAACUCCCAGGGAAUAUUUUCUCCUGGACUGCUGACUUGUAGUAUAUUUAUGUGCGCAGAUAAUGUUUUUCCAGUGUUUUAAAAUAUCUUCAGGAAAGAACCUUUGAUUAGGGCAUAAAAUAAAUAUAAACACACAGAAAAUGCUGAAGUGCUUCCUCAAAAUAAACGUAUGUUUUACCUUUUUGAUCAUAACUCAAACUUCUUUUCAAAACAAAAUGUUUUCCAGGUUAUGAUAAAAAGCAAUUCUGCCCUAAUUAUUUGGAAUAAUGAUCAAUUAACAUUAAAUAAUUUAUUUAUUCAUAAUUUAUUUUUGCCAGGGGCUAAUUUAGUUAACAGGGGCUUUAAUAACUGAAAUAACUGUGCUUUUUAUUGUCUUGUUUAUUGCUUAUUAUUUACAUCAGAAUGCUCCAGUAUCAGACAUUACUUCAAAGUUCCAUUACCUUGCAGAUAGUUUGAUAUGGGAGCUGUAGGCACAUUGUAUACAUGUCUGCAAAAAUAUUUUGCAGUUUGAUUUUUUGUUAAUUAGAAUUAUCAUGUGGGCUUUAAAUGUGUUGUUACUACUGGCUCACAACCAGAUUUGACCUAAUAGUUUAAGAGCACAUUUUAAUCUGUCAUCGCAGUUUAUCUGAAGGCGAAUAUUACUUUGUCUUUGCCAAAUGGAUAAGAACACUUAACUAAUAACAAGUUAAUAAACAGUGUUUGCACCUUG